CUUAGCAAGAAAGACAUAAGACCAAGCGUGAACAGCUAGGUUGAGAAAAGGAGGCUUAGAAAAAAACUUUUGUACUGGUUUUUUUUUUUUUCUUUGAUCAUGUUAAGAGGAGUGACUCAAACCUUGAUUGACAAACUGAAGACACUUCAAGAGGUGCCUAUGGAAAGACUUUAGAUUGAAGGGUUUCAAGACUUUAUUUUACAGUUCAUUUCAUUUUAUGAAAUUGCUCAGUAUCAAAGCUUAAAUUCUAAGUGGAUUUUUGAAAGUGUAAGGCACUCUUUCACCAUGAGGUAUGCAUAUCUACUGAUUCUGGUUAUUGUAUUUGCUCUGAUGGAAAAAGUAUUGAUGGAAGAUCUCUGCUCCGCUGGACAAUACAAAAGCAAAUCCAAGUGUAAAGAUGAGAAUGAGUGUGAAUAUGAGGAUCCAAUUUGUGGAGACAAUGCAAAGUGCAUAAACACGGAUGGCAGCUACUACUGUAUAUGUGAAAAAGGGUUUGAGCCAGCUACCCAGUUCACACAAGACACUGGGAUUAAAUGCAAAGACAUCAAUGAAUGUAUGGGAAACAGAAUUGACUGUGGUCUUAAUGCAGCCUGUACAAAUACUGAAGGAGGUUAUGCAUGCAUAUGUGUGGAUGGCUACACUUCCACCAAUGGCAAAGAGACAUUUACUGCAGAACAAGAAGUUCAAUGUACUGACAGGAAUGAAUGUGAAGAUCCUAGUUUGUGUGGAGAAAAUGCAUUAUGUCAAAAUACCCCUGGUGGUUUCAACUGCAUAUGUGCUGCAGGCUUCAGACUGAAGUCAGGACAAACUCACUUCACUGAACAUGGACAAGAUGAGAAAUGUCAAAGUUUAUGCAUCAUUGACAAGUCGAUCUGUGGAGGAGGACUCUGCCAGAUUGGUAAAGAUGGCCAUGAAUGCAUGUGCAACUCUGGAUUCACCAACUAUGGUGACAAGAAAAUAAAAUGCACAGAGCUUAAAUGCGACACCUUUAUGAGUAAGAGUGAAACAUCCCAGGCAUCUCCAGAGCUCUCAGAAAUUGUCUCUUUGAUGAGCAACAGCUGUUUGGUACUGAGUGCAAAUGAGUCUGCCAGGAAGGAACCUUUCAGGCAACUAGACGGAGAAAGACUUUUGGAGAAACUUCUGGAUGCCCUGGAUAACCUGCUUCAUGAUGGGUUCCAAGCUGAUAACUAUUUGGUUUCAAUGAUUUUUGGUAUUGAGGAAAAUGCACUAAAACUGAUCGGACCUUUUCUAAAAAACAGCCAGACCAAGAGGUCCAGCAAAAAAACUGAGGUGGAGCUGUUGGUAAAGAGGGGCAGUUCUCCACCUGAGGGUCCCUUAAUGAUAUCUACCAACACCACACAAUUUGCAUCCCACUGGGACACAGCAACAGGCAACACUUUUCUUGGCUUUGCAAUCGCAGCUCUUCUCAGCCACAAAAGUCUGGAAAAAUCAAUUGACAGCUUUUAUGGCCAUUUAGAGGGAUCAGAAAACAAACAUUUCAAGAUGAAUUCCAAAGUAGUAACUGCCAUUGUUAGCAACAGUGAGACAGGCCAUCUGGAGAAGCCAGUAAUUCUCACAUUCUCUCACUUGAAGCCCACUCAUGAGGACCACAUCUGUGUGUUUUGGGACCCUCUACUGAAAGGUGGUGCGUGGUCCACACGUGGCUGCACUACCAUGAGCAGUAGUGAUGUUCAGACUGUCUGUUCCUGUAAUCACCUCAGCAGCUUUGCUGUACUGAUGGCACUCUAUGACAUAGGGGAUGUUUAUGAGCUGCGUCUGAUCACAUGGGUGGGAUUGUCGCUGUCUCUGGUCUGCCUUCUCAUGUGCAUCGCCACGUUUUACUUUGUGCGCUCUAUCCAGAGCACACGCAACACCAUCCACCUGCACCUUUGCAUCAGCCUCUUCAUCGCUUGCUUUGUCUUCCUUGUGGGUAUCAGCCGCACAGACAAUAAGAUAGAGUUGAUCAGACACAUUUUACAGGUGGGCUGCUCAAUCGUUGCAGGUGUGCUGCACUAUUUCUUUCUGGCUGCGUUCUGCUGGAUGUGUCUGGAGGGAGUGCAGCUCUUCCGUAUGGUGGUGCUGGUCUUCAACACAACUCUGAGACCCAUAUAUAUGAUUGCAUCUGGUUAUGGAGUUCCUGCUGUUAUUGUGGCUGUUUCAGCCGCAGUGAAUGCAAAUGGAUAUGGCACGGAGAGAUACUGUUGGCUCAACUUUGAAGAUGGCUUAAUCUGGAGCUUCUAUGGGCCAGUUUGUGUAAUAAUUAUUGUUAAUGUGUUCUUCUUCCUCAUAACUAUUUGGAAGCUGGCAGAGAAAUUUUCCUCCCUCAACCCAGACUUACACAAUCUACAAAAAAUCAAGUCAUUUACAGUCACUGCGAUCGCUCAAAUGUGUGUCCUGGGCAUCAUGUGGAUAUUUGGCUGCUUUCAGUUUAAUAAAGGCACGCUGGCCAUGUCAUACAUCUUCACUAUACUAAUCAGCCUGCAGGGGGUGCUGAUGUUCAUCAUGCAUUGCUGGCUCUCAAAACAAGUAAGAGAGGAGUAUGCCAAAUUCCUGUCAUGUAUCUGUGCACCACAGAAGAGGAAAUACUCAGAGUUCAGCUCGAACCAAACAAGCAAAUCCCAGGCAUCCAAGAGCGUUCAGCACACAGCCGGAUCCCACAUUUAGGAGGCAAUGUCGACAGGCCACUCUCUUUUUUAACAGUUUUGCAAGUUUGUGUGCAUCAUUGUAUAUCUCUAUAUCUGCUUUCUAUAGAAACGGUUAUAUACUGUAUACCAUAUUAGUAACACUUUACAUUAUAAUCCAUUAAUAAAAGGAACAUUAAAGUAAUAAUUCAUUUACAAAUGCAUUCUAAAUCAUCGAUGUGGUUAUAACAACAUGCCUAAAAAGAGUGACUUUAAUGGAGGACCUGCCAAACAGUUAGCCCUUUUACCUCACGUGCCACAAAUGCAUAAUAACACUUGUUUAACAUUAGUAACUUAUGAAAAUGUACCUUGCUUGCUUCCUUGGUCAUAAGGCUUUUUAAUAUAAUGUAUGCUGUGAAUGAGCAUGAAUACCUGAAAAGUGUUUUUUUGUAGAGGAUUUUACUGUAGGUAAUUAGGACUAGUUAAAAGCACUUCUUUAUUUUCUUCUUUUUUUACAUCAAUGUGUAAAAAGAAGUGACAACACAAGUGAGUCAGUACAUUACAGUAAUUAAUAUAAACACAAAUCGGACAAGAUCAAAAUUACAUAAUCCCUCUUUUUAAUCUCACACGUCUAUAUUUAUUACAUUGUGACAUAGUAUAUCAUGUUUAGGGCAUUUUUAUGUUUUCAAUAAACAUAAGUAUGAUUAAAUGUUUUUUAUUAAACGUUAAUAACAUAUAAAUUAUAAUGCUAAUUAUUUGGCAAGUAUUGGAAAGUUGCCCUUUUCAUGUCAGUUGCUAUAACUGCAUAUAAAUGAUUUAUAAUGCAUAUGUUAAUGACAUAUUAGUUAUUAACAAACCCCUUUUAUAAACCCUUAACAAGGGAACAUUAAUGUAUAGUGUUAUCAGUGUAUUUAUAUUUCAUAAAAAGAAGUUUAUUCGUUUUGAAAUGUGUAGGUUGUAAUUAUUAUUAUUAUUAUUAUUAUACUGGAGGGAAACUUGCAGAUGCCACUUGCUUUAACAUUUUGGCUUAAAUGUCCAAAUAUUUUUUUCUCUUCUGCAGCUAUCUGUAAGAUAAUGUUGCAAAACAUGUUUGUUGGGAGUUUGACUGAAAGGAAAUGAAGUGUGCGCAUUAAUAUAUUGAGGACGUUACAUGUGUAGAUGAUAUGUCAUAGGAAACAAACAUUUUAUUUUGAUUGUUUUUAGAGCAGCUGUAAGGUAAGACAACUUGAGGUCAGUUUAUUGUUUUAAAAAAUAUUUUAAUAUGAAAACAUGUAACAGUGAUUUGGGAAUAUUUUUAUUUAUUUACUGUUCAAAUUAUAUUACCUAAAGCAGUGUUUCUCAACUGGUGGGUCGCAGGUCUAUUCGGACUGGGUUGCGGACAGCAGGGAAAGAACAAUGCCAUGGUUCUCCCAUUGAAGAUAUUUCGGCAGCCGCACAAGUGAUAGCCUAUUAAGGACUGCCGAGGCAGAUUUAAUGAUAAUCUCGCAAUCAGCUAAAGGCUUCUUAUCUGCACUUUCACACGAGUGUAACGGAACCAGCUCACGAUCAUGAUCUAUGCUUCUCUGUGGCGCAUGCGUGCAACAACUGGGCUUCCCUUGAUAUUGCGGAGCGCAGACCUCAAAACUGAUGUGACCAAUUUCAAUUCUAGUGAGACUUUUCUAGUUUAAAGCGUUACGGAGGAAGUCAAGUUGAACCUCUCAAACAGUAAAAAGCCCUGACAUGCCAAACAGCACUGAGGAGGAAAAGAGCAACACUGUGCUAUGCGCCAAAAAAAUUAAAUAAAAUCAUUAUACAUCAUCACCUUUACAAAACUGUUUCAUGAUUUUACAUGAGUAAAAGUAACUGUUAUAUUUUGACAAAAGGUUAGUUUCAUAUGAAAUAAAGGUAGAAUCUAUUAGACGGCAUUUUAUAUCAACAGUGGCAGUUGUAGUUAAAGUUUCAAGAUGUGUUUCAACUAGUAUUAAUUUUUUUAUGAAUACUAUAAUUUGCUAUUAUUAUUAUUACUAUAAUUUAAGACUAGCUACACUGACCUAACCAUGGCAAUGAGGAGCCUUUCCUCCUGUGUAAUAUGUUCUGUUUGAAUUAUGUUUGAUAUUAGGAAACAAACGGAUAAUAAUGGGCUCAUAUAAGUAAAUAUGCUCUUCAAUUUUUAAAAGGGGGGAGAGAAAACUUCCUGUCGCUUUUGUUGUUGACGUCAACAACAAAAAUAAUGUCACUUGAUGCAUGUCCUUGUACUUGAAAACCAAACUAUGCAACAUAAAAGGAAAUGCGACCCAGGAUACAUUAAAUACAGGUUACUUUUUUACAAUGGUGGGUCACCACUUGAUUUCCAAUGUAAAAUCUGGAUCCUGAAGCAAAACCAUUUGAGAACCACUGAGUUAAAGGGUAGACGCUGGCACAUAGAAGAACCUUUUUAUUUGGGCCAUGUUUGUUUGUAUGUAAUUGUUGUCCAUGUUUUGUUUGUUUUUAAAGAAUAAUCUUCUAAAACGUUAAAGGGAUAGUUCACCCAAAAUUGAAAAUUCUGUCAUCAUUUACUCACUCUCAUGCAUUCAAGAUGUGUAUAGACUUUCUUUCUUCAGCAGAACACAAAUGAAGAUUUUUAGAAGAAUAUUUCAGCUCUGUUGGUCCAUACAAUGCAAGUGAAUGGGUGCCAAAAUGUUGAUGCUCCAAAUAGCACAUAAAAGUAAGCCAUACGACUCCAAUGUUUUAAUUCAUAUGUUCUAAAGCGAUAUGAUGUGGGUGAGAAACAGAUCAAUGUUUAAGUCCUUUUUUACUAGAAAUUCUGCUUCCUGCUCAGUCAGUCUCCACUUUAACUUUCACAUUCUUCUUCUUUUGGUUUUAGCGAUUCACAUUCUUCAUGCAUAUCACCCCCUACUGGGCAAGGAGAAGAAUUUGUAGCAUAAAAGGACUUAAAUGUUGAUCUGUUUUUCACCCACACCUAUCAUUUCACUUUUGAAGAUAUGGAUUAAAACACUGUCGUAUGGAGUCUUAUGGAUUACUUUUAUGCUGCCUUAAUGUACUUUUUGGUCAAAAUUUUGGCACCAAUUCACUUGCAUUGUAUGGACCUACAGAGCUGAAAUAUUCUUCUAAAAAUCUUCAUUUGUGUUCUGCAGAAGAAAGUCAUACACAUCUGGGAUGGCAUGAGGGUGUGUAAAUGAGAUAAUUUUUGGGUGAACUACCCUUUAAAGCUGAGCUUUAAUGUAUUUUCAUUUCCUGAAGAGUUCCUGUUGCUCAAUGGGUAGAGAAUGGCACCAACACCAAGGUCAUGGGUUUGAGUCACAUACACUGUAUACCUGUAUACAAUGGAACACAUACAAUGUAUACCUUGAAUGCACUUUUGAUAAAAGCAUCUACCAAGUGAAUAAAUGUAAAGGCAUUUCAAA